AUGUAUAUGGCUCUGGAACCCCUACAUGGUGGGAGCAUCAAGCGCAUCCGGCAAGCAUGUGCUAACUGCAGGCACAAAAAGACCAAAUGUUCAGGGGAGCGACCCAUAUGCUUCCAUUGUCGCCGCAACCGUCUUGCUUGUGUCUAUGAAGCAUACUCGACGACCGUAGGCGAUGCGAACCCGCCAGCCCCUCCCCCAUCGGCAAUUGCGAACAAUCCGAACAAUGCAGAGCUGCUGCAACGGAUUAGCACGAUCGAAUCCCGCCUAGCGGAGCUGAGUGGACGAACGGCGCGUUCAAACGAAAACGACUUCCCGGAUUUUACGAUUUCUGGAGAACAUAGCCCGCCAUUGAAUAAUGCGACCGAUGCUGGCGUGUUUUCGACGAUACCGAAUUCCCCUAUAGAUUAUUCAUCUUUUCCGCCGCCUCCUGUGCUCCGCUCUGUCAUCGACACAUAUUUUGACCAUGUCCACAAUAAACCCUAUUCUUACUUCCAGGAAGCCUCCUUUCGUCAAAAGCUUGAAGCCAAUUCACUACCACGAUGCUUGGUCCUGGCUGUCCUAUCAUCCUCCGUCCGAUUCUCAACCCAUGAAUACUAUGUUGGAAAGAAACACGAGGCGUCUGAGAAAUAUUCCAGAGAGUCUUGGCUAUCUGUCCUGACUGAGCAUUUGACGGUGGAAGACAGUCUGAAUGUACACGUUGUACAAACAGUAAACUUGCUAGCAAUCGUGGAUUACACAGCCGGCCGUGUCAGCUCUGGGUGGCUCAAGAUCGGUCUUGCCGCGCGGAUCUCCCAAGAUCUUCAUCUAAUGACAGAACCCGACAAGUGGCUCUCUUACGCGGAGCAAGAAGAACAAAGGCGGGCUUUUUGGUCUGCCUAUCUUGUUGACAAACUCAUCUCCUGUGGGAGAUCACGACCGCUCGUGAUUAUGGACGAGGACUGUACUGUCCAACUUCCCUGUGAUGAACAAACAUUCAGCAGAGGAGAAUGGAAGAAGACAAAUACCCUUGAUCAGCUUCUGAACUGGAAAACUGAACUCAUUGAAAGUCCCAGUGGCUUUGCCUUGGUCAUUUUGAUGGCCUCGAUCUUUGGACGUUGCACAAGAUACGUCCAUCAAAAUCAAAAGCCGGACGAGAUUCCACCUUGGGACACCAAAUCCGAAUUUGCAGCAAUCAACUCUUCGCUGUUGUUGCUGGAGUCCUAUUCUAAGAUUGGCACGCAGCCGAUCUCCGAGACUAUUCAACAAGCUGGUCAAUCAUAUACCAAUGUUGACGGGCAGCAAAUUGGACAUUCCAUCUUUGCUCACACACUCUUUCAUCUUUGCCACUGUCUGUUGAAUCACCCAUUUCUGGUACGCCUGCGUCUCAAGCCCUUUGGGUCAAAAGCCCCACCGAGCUUCCCCGCCAGAGCUCUUCAGGUAGGCUGUGAUCAUGCGAAGCAGCUGAUGGAUCUUCUGCUGGAUGCUACUGAAAGUGGGUAUCGAAUUGAGUCUUCGUUCUAUGCCUAUUGUAUAGCUGUAGCUGGAGGUAUUCACUCACUAGCAUCACACUUUGAGCAUCAGAGCACGGCGCGUCGGCAGUCAGGCAUCCUACACUACUUCAGUCGGAGCCUGGACGCAUUAGAAAGAUUAGCAAAUUUCUGGGUGCACGCAGCCAACAUGGCCGUCCGGCUUCGGGAGUUCCAUGGCAUAUCACAUCGGUUUGCGAGCCUGCUCGAUCCGAUGUGCUUGACAGACAAUCUGGACCCUGCCUGCGAGCAGAUUUGCUGGUCGAUGAUAGACUACGCUAUUCUAGGCGCAGAUCCAUACAAAAAGCCACUUAUGCCUAGAACCGGUAUCUCAAAUCUCCCGUCUCCAAGCUCGUGGGACCUUGGAUCCGGUGUUCUUGGUACUGAGCCGUCGAGAUUCGAAGCCACGAAUCCGGAUAUUUUCAGUGGUCUCACUCCGACUAUGCGUUUAAAUGAAGCCGAGUACCUUUUAAACUGUAGCCCUGGAACUGAUGGAUUGGCCUAG